AGCGGGCGGGGCCGGAAGUGCCGCUCCCUAGUGGGGGCUGUUCAUGGCGGUUCCGGGGUCUCCAGCACUUUCUCCAGUUGUCCCACAUCAGUCGGAAGCGGAGGCCGCGACGCUUGAGGUUCUUGCUGCUGUGAAAUGACUGAGUACAAACUGGUGGUGGUUGGAGCAGGUGGUGUUGGGAAAAGCGCACUGACAAUCCAGCUGAUCCAGAACCACUUUGUAGAUGAAUAUGAUCCCACCAUAGAGGAUUCUUACCGAAAACAGGUGGUUAUAGACGGUGAAACCUGUCUGUUGGACAUACUGGAUACAGCCGGUCAAGAGGAAUACAGUGCCAUGAGGGACCAAUACAUGAGGACAGGCGAAGGCUUCCUCUGUGUAUUUGCCAUCAAUAAUAGCAAAUCGUUUGCAGAUAUUAACCUUUACAGAGAACAGAUUAAGCGAGUAAAAGACUCAGAUGAUGUCCCUAUGGUGCUAGUAGGAAACAAGUGUGAUUUGCCAACAAGAACCGUCGACACAAAACAAGCCCACGAGCUGGCCAAGAGUUACGGGAUUCCAUUCAUUGAAACCUCAGCCAAGACCAGACAGGGCGUCGAAGAUGCCUUUUACACGCUGGUAAGAGAAAUACGUCAGUACCGAAUGAAGAAACUCAACAGCAGUGACGAUGGGACUCAAGGUUGUAUGGGGUUGCCGUGCGUGGUGAUGUAACAGAUAACUUUUAAAGUUCUAGCAUCAGAAAAGAGCCACUUUCAAGCUGCACUGACACCCUGGCCCUGACUUCCCUGGAGGAGAAGUAUUCCUGUUGCCAUAUCUUCAGUUUCGCAGAGAAGCUCUGCUAUUCCCCAACUCUCAGCAGAUCAGUAUAUUAUUCUCUCUCUGAGAAGCUCUCCGAAUAACUACCUCCUCACUUGGUUGUCUGACCAGAGAAAUGAACCUCUCGUCACCCCUCCACCCCAUAUCCCCCAGCACACACACAGGUCUCCCAUAGUUCUUCAUCUGAAAAGUAAUUCACGCUCUGGAACAGAGAACCAAACUGUAGACAUGAAAUUCUGUAGGGCACAAUGUCUUGAGCUCUAAAGUAGCAACUGCUGGUGACUUUUUUUUUUUUUUUUUUUUUUUUUUUUUUACUGUUGAACUUGGAACUAUGUUGGUUUUUGGAGAAAUGUUAUAAGUUACUGUUUUGCUGAGAAUAGAGUUACGUUUGCCAUUCGGUUUGUUUGUAAUGUUGCUGGCUAUAUUCUGUAAAUGGGCAUCCACUCUGCAUUCCUGGAUACAAACGUGAAUUCUGACUCUGGAGUCGGUCUACCCUAGUGUUCUCAGCUUUCACGUAAUUAAAUCUAACUUUUGCAGCAAA